UCAGCAUGAAGCUGCUGUUUGCAGUCUUUCUCGGCUUGCUAGCCACGGUGUCGUCUUCUCCCGUGAAGUCACUCGAGCAGGACUUCGUCGAGUAUUCCGCGGACCUCGUGGAGAAAAUCAACUUAAUGAAUACAACUUGGAAGGCUGGCGCCAACUUUGCCAGGGAGACUGCUGCAUCCCUACUGGAGCGGUUCAGCACACCAGGGUUGUCACUAGAGAAAGCCCCCAAAGCCCCCAUAGUCAAGCACGGCAGAGCUGGUGCCCUACCCACGGAAUUCGACGCCCGUACUCAAUGGCCACACUGCCCGUCCAUAGGUCGUGUCCAUGACCAAGGCCGCUGCAAUGGAGGAUAUGCUCUCUCCGCGGCGGCGGCAAUAUCGGAUCGACACUGUAUUACUUUUCCAGGCUUACAUUGGAAUUUCUCUGCUGAGGACGCUGUGACCUGCAUGACCCCCACAAUCGGAUUGGAUGGCUGCACAGGCGGCUACAGUUCGGAUACUUGGAGAUACUGGGUCCAACACGGACUAGUGAGCGGAGGCGGGUUCAAUACAUCAAGCGGAUGCAGACCGUACGCCUACAAGCCCUGCGAUCACUAUGAAAAGGGUAGCUACGGCCCGUGCCAGGCUCGACCCUCCUCAGCCGUCUGUCACGAAAGCUGUAUAGCCGGCUACCCAGUUCACUACACAGCGGACAAGAGGAAAGGUGCAACCUAUUAUAGAACUGGAACUGACGAAACGGAUAUUCAGCGUGAGAUCAUGGAUAACGGGCCCGUGAAUGCCGACAUGACCCUUUACGAAGACUUCUUUACCUACCGAUCAGGUGUGUAUCAGCAUAAGACUGAACAAUCGAUGGGCUUUCAUGCGGUCAAGAUCAUAGGUUGGGGCGUGGAGAACAAUCAGAAAUAUUGGUUGUGUGUUAACUCAUGGAACUCCGAGUGGGGCGAUAAAGGAAUGUUCAAGAUCCUCCGUGGGACGAAUGAAUGCCGUAUGGAAUCUAAUGUGCAUGGCGGCAAGAUAUAUCGGUAGCAGCUUCGAUUUGUUUUCAGUGACAAAUAACAUAAAAAAUUAAAUACAGAAUGUACCAAAAAGGCAGUACUCCAGCGAAAUAUAACUAUCUUGAAAAUAAUGACCUUCAACGCUUUCACUGUGCUUGCAUCUUAAAUAAAACCGUGGUUUACCUAGACCUGCCUCAAGUCGGACUUCAGUCACAUUUUUCAACGGGGUAGAUGGUUGAUCCCCAUGGAUUAUCAAAGGUGCAGGAAUCAUGUGACAAUUUGGACAGUGUGUGCUUUACUCCUUGUUACAAAGUGGCCUGCCCAUGGACACGCACCAUGCAGACUACACAGGCUGGACUCGAACCCCCAAUCUGCAUAUCGAAAUACCUGCAGCAGCUGCAUGAUUUUCGAUUUGAUGAACAUACCACAAGGGUACGCCAUCAACGUGACUCGUAAUGAUCGUGAAUUUAAUCAUUUACAUACGUCAUGAUUAUAAAUUUUACUCUUAGAAAUCUCGCGUUACUCUCUUGCAAAUUGAAGAGGGUCUUUAAUUUGUAUGUUUGUUUAAUUCGAAACUGUCGUUUGUUUCGUCACGAACAUUACUUAAUUGUUUUGUUGCGUAACUGUAUACCCUAAUAAUAAUUAAUGAAUAAUUUAUCAACUACAUGUAUAGUGUCUUAGAGGAUUAACAUAAACACCGUUCGUUUGUGCCAAGAUAAAUAAUAUCUGCCGCCUUCCGCUCCGCCAGUCACACGAUGUAAUGCCACUGCCCCUAGAAAAGUAUGAAGGGGAAAUAAUAAUUACAUGAAUGGAAAUGACAAUAAUUAAUUGUAAAAUAAUAAGUACAUGAAUGGACCUUGUUUGUCCCUUAAUAAUCAAUUCCUCUAGAACCUUUAACUGAAUGUCGU